AGAUUGUGGAGCCCCCGUCGCAGUUCUCAACACGGUGGUAAACUUUACAUCAACCAUAUUCGAAUCUGUGGCCGAGUACGCAUGCGUAACAGGAUAUCAUUACGUGAAUAAAACGGUGAAAUCUACGUGUGAAGCCAACGGAAACUGGACAAAGCCUUUAAUAAACUGUACAACAACUGACUGUGGUAUUCCUACGCUUGGUGAAAGGGUAUUGGUUGUUUCUUCUACCACCGGUACAACAAUAUUUGGUUCUGUCCUGAGUAUGGAAUGCGACCUAGGCUAUAACAAUUCAGGUGGAUCACCGUCCUUUUUGACAUGCACUAGCGACGGAACCUGGUCUGGUGACACUAUGACAUGUGAAGCGGUUGAUUGUGGGACACCGAAUACAGUGUUUGGUGCCGAGAUGGAAUACCACAAUACUACGUACCAGUCUAUUGCCAAUUAUUCCUGUUCGACUGGUUUCGACUAUAUUGAUGGAUUUGACACUUCAACGUGUGAGGCCAGCGGACAGUGGUCUGAUCCAACGUUAACCUGCAUAGCGGUUGAUUGUGGGACACCGAAUGCAGUGUUUGGUGCCGAGAUGGAAUACCACAAUACUACGUACCAGUCUAUUGCCAAUUAUUCCUGUUCGACUGGUUUCGACUAUAUUGAUGGAUUCGACACUUCAACGUGUGAGGCCAGCGGACAGUGGUCUGAUCCAACGUUAACCUGCAUAGUGGUUGAUUGUGGAACGCCGCUUAUAUUUUCUGAAACAGAGGUCGAAUUCAACACUACCACGUAUCAGUCUGUUGCCAGUUAUUCCUGUUCAGAUGGUUAUGACUAUGUGAGUGGAUUCAACACUUCAACAUGCCAGGACAACGGCCUCUGGUCUGAUCCAAUGUUGAACUGCACAGUGGUUGAUUGUGGAACGCCGCUUAUAUUUUCUGAAACAGAGGUCGAAUUCAACACUACCACGUAUCAGUCUGUUGCCAGUUAUUCCUGUUCAGAUGGUUAUGACUAUGUGAGUGGAUUCAACACUUCAACAUGCCAGGACAACGGCCUCUGGUCUGAUCCAAUGUUGAACUGCACAGUGGUUGAUUGUGGAACGCCGCUUAUAUUUUCUGAAACAGAGGUCGAAUUCAACACUACCACGUAUCAGUCUGUUGCCAGUUAUUCCUGUUCAGAUGGUUAUGACUAUGUGAGUGGAUUCAACACUUCAACAUGCCAGGACAACGGCCUCUGGUCUGAUCCUAUGUUGAACUGCACAGAUUCACAUUGACGAAAACUAUGUCGACCAGACCUUCAGUGAUGAAGCCGUUUUAUUGAGAGGUGUCCACAUGAAGUCUUAUCAGAUUGUAUCACACAAACUGUAAUUCAACAACUAGAAACCCCGUCCUCUGUUUUUACUGUUGAAGUAUACUCCAUCCUAUACGAGUUAGAAUUAAUCAAUGACAGUUUCGCGCAUUUGCAUAUUGAUACAAAGCUUCAUUUUAUGUAACUUUAUUUAAAUUAGCUUAACUUUAUUGUGACUGUUAUUGUUUUAAGUGCACGUUUUACGAAAUUAAAAUUACAACUGAAACAUAAUCGGGACCGAGACUGAGAUUCAUAUAUAUAUAUAUAUAUAUCCUCACAGUAUGGGUUUUGACGCAGAUAAGCAACAUCUUGCGUAGUGUAAAAAUAACGAUGUUUUUUUUGUUAUUAUUUACAGAGACAUAACCUAAUGUGUAUAUAUCAUUAAAAUAUAAACAUUAAAUUCAAUAUAUAGUGAGAUUUUUAGUUUACGUUUUAGCUUACAUGUGCAUACUGUAAUAUUCUAACCUUUUUGAUGCGGUAUGUAUUUUGACGCGGAACAUCCAGAUAACUUGUGAAUGACCAAUAUUCAAGAAGAACAACUCCAAACAACUGGAAACGAUGUGUGGUGGUCCAUAAAUUCCAUAUUAAUAAUACACGUCAAAAAUAACACAAUUAAAAUACAUUUUAACCAGAUUGUCACCUGUAGGCUAAACCAUAUAGCCCAGUGCAAACAUAGUCACUAUUUGUACAUUGAUAGGGUGGGAGUACAUUUGACAGCCAUUCUAGAUUUUUUUGUUUGUUUAUUAUUCAAAACAAUGUCCACUUUACAUUUCAUGUGAAAUAGAUAAUAUUUUAAGAUGUAAUAUGCACUUGAACGUCGUUUAAUCCUGAUCCAAUAUAUUCGUGUGCGUUGCAUAUAAAAUAAGUACAGGAGACUCAUUCGGACGCCCAUAGAAAUAUAUUGACGUAGAGAUGAUCUAAUUGCCUUGUGUUUAUUUCAAUAGUAGCAGACAACAAUGUUUCGUGCAGCAGGUGAGUAAAAUUCAUUGAGAAAAUUUGGAGAUAGAGAGAUGUUUAUGUAUGUUAAAAAAGUGGCUUACGGAAAAUAGUACUUUUAAUUACAUGGCAUUUUUAAUUGUUUAUACUGACCGCAAAGUGGCAAAUUGAAAACAUUGCAUUAAUCAUAUCAAUAAAAAAUACUUCCGUCAACAUAAAGUUCUGCAUUUGAGGUCAUAGCUUUUCUUUUGCUAUUUAAAGAUAGCGCGCCAAAAUACAUACCGCGUCAUAAUACAUACCGAGGCGAUCUAUAUAUAUACAUAUAUAUCCAUACAUACAUACAUACAUACAUACAUACAUACAUCAGGCAUGCGAUUUAGUAUUCUUAAAAAAAGCUGAAAAUGUUCUGUCAUACAAAAGCGCAGCGAUUUCUUUGGUCAUUAGUCUUAUAUUGCGCUACACUGUCUAUAGGUAAGCGAACAGCAAUUAAGAAAGUGGAAGUGCAAUAAUUUUAAAAAAACUGAAAAUAAAGGGAAAUGGGGGGGGGGGGGGUAUGAAACUAUUUUCACGGAUUAAUUUUACGAUAAAAGAUUUUUUUUUUAAAGUGGAAUUCCGCUAAAAAGCGGAAGAGUUACAUGGCCUCAUACCACAAUUAAUUUCGCUAUAUGUUUCUAUAUAGCCUUAGUGGCUAUAACAUUUUUAUUAAUAUCAGCAGUCCCGUGAAGUUUU